CAUUAUUAUCUGUCAAAUGCAUUACCUGGUAACCUUACAUUUUUCAUCAAAAAUAUACUAAACAAAAAUUAGCUUUUCUCAUUACAAGAUGAAACAUUUUUUUAUAUUUACAGCUUGCACAGUUUAUUCAUUAAAAAUGGUCCUAGCUCUAAGCAUUUUCAUGUUCACAUUAUUAAUAGUAGGAUUACCAGUUGCAUUCUUUCUUUUACGAUGGAAGUACACCUCUGAAAAACAAAAAAAUAGAAAUGAUAAACUGAAAGUGGCUUUCUUCCAUCCAUACUGUAAUGCAGGAGGUGGUGGCGAAAAAGUUUUGUGGGUGGCAUUACAAGCAUUACAGGAACAGUAUCCUUUGGCAGAAUUUUAUAUAUACACGGGUGAUAUUGAAGCGAAUCCUUUGGAGAUACUAUUCAAAGUAGAAAAGACAUUAAAUGUAAAUAUUAGUAAAAACAUAAGAUUCAUAUAUGUACAUCGUCGUAAGUGGAUUGAAGCUCAUAUGUAUCCAUAUUUCACUCUAUUAGGACAAAGUUUAGGAUCAGUGUAUCUUGGUUUUGAGGCCCUGAGUAAAUGUAAUCCAGAUAUAUUUAUUGAUACAACGGGUUGUUCCUUUACUCUGCCUCUCUUCAAAUAUAUAGGAGGAUGUAAGACAGGUUGUUAUGUUCAUUAUCCAACGAUUACCACUGACAUGUUGAAAAGAGUUCAGAACAGAACUGCAAUGUAUAAUAAUCGUCCUAUAAUAGCAAGGAGCCCAGUGUUAUCAAUGGGGAAACUUACAUACUAUAGGAUAUUUGCAUGGAUGUAUUCGUGGGCCGGACAAUGUUCCGACUCUACCAUUGUGAACUCAACAUUCACCCAAAGACACCUCAACACUUUAUGGAAUCGCCCCAUUCAGCUGGUUUAUCCGCCAUGCGAUGUGGAACACUUAAAACGAAUUCCUCGUGGUAAAACGCAGCUGGAUAAAAUUCGUAUAUUAUCUCUAGCCCAGUUCAGACCAGAAAAAGAUCACCCUUUGCAAUUACAAGCCCUCUACGAACUACGAGAAAUAAUUUCUGAAGAACUAUUCAGUAACAUCACUCUGGUACUGUGUGGAAGUUGUCGUAAUUCGGACGAUGCAAUCCGAGUCAAAGAUCUCAAAGACCUCAGCAAACAUUUAAGUUUGGAAAACAACGUUGAGUUUAAGGUCAAUAUAACAUACGAUGAAUUAUUGUCUGAGUUUGAAAAAGCCUACAUAGGAAUACAUACAAUGUUAGAUGAACAUUUUGGAAUUGGGGUUGUAGAACUUAUGGCAGCUGGAUUAAUUACUAUAGCUCAUAAGUCGGGAGGUCCCCUCUUAGAUAUAAUAGAAUCUUCAGAAGGAUCUCGAUUAGGGUUUCUAGCAAUUACUGCUGACGAAUACGCUCAUACAAUUCGACGUAUUUUGUAUUUGAGCGAAGAUGAAGUUAAUAGCAUAAGGGAACGUGCUAGGGCUUCUGUGGACAGAUUUUCCACGCCUAAAUUUAAAGAAGAAUUUUUAAGAGUCAUAGAGCCGUUAUUCAAGUAACAGAAAUCGAUUUUCUAUAUUUAAAAAUACAUAAGACGUAAUACAUUUUUAUAAAUGUAUUACAGACUACCAAAGAUUCAAUAAUUUGGUGUUUAAAAAAAUAAAAAUAAUUAUAUAAUAGAUUUUGAAUCUAUUAAAUAAUAAAAAUGGGUUUAUUCGAUACCAGUAUAUUAGUGUUUUUCAAAACAAACUCUCGUAUGUACAAAUACAAGAAUUGUGUGAUA